GUCAAGGGAGGUAAGAGAAUGUUUGAGUGAAAACGAUGACUAAAUGUUAGGAAGGCAUGUCCAAGCAAGAUGAUAGGUUGAAUAAAGAGUUGAACUUCCUGGUGCUCAAGUAUCUGAAGCAGCCCGGACUCGAGCAGGCUCACGAAGCGUUCGUGAAAUGUAUUCUGCUGAAUAAUGGCAAUGAUCUAGCGUUACCAUCAAGCUCUCACCCUGACACCUCGACAUCGUCCAAGCAUCGUAACCUGAUAAACUUGGAACGAGAGUACGGCCACGUGACCCCUUCCCAUCUAAUAGAAGUACUGCGAGCUGCUAAGAACGUUGCCACGAGCGGGCCUGCACGUGGUUUACAGACAAUACUCGGACACUCCUCCUACACUCUCUCAGCUUUGUUGGAACGUUCUAUUGAUUUGGAGGGGAAUUAUGAGACUGCUAAGCCAAGGAAUUCUAACAAUAUAGUGGUGAAUUUGUCGCAACGACAAUACGGGCGCGGCCAGCUGAGAGGUGUCAUUGCAGAAAGAGGAGCGAAAUCUCCCGUUUUGGUUACUAGAGUAUUGGGACAUCUUGCACCUAUAUACUGCAUCGUCAUAGACAAGACGGGGACUGUCGCCUUCACAGGAGCAGAUGAUGGUCUGGUGAAGAUGUGGUCUCUAGAGCGGUACUUCCUGUUAGCCACUCUUCGUGGACACAAAAAGGAAAUCAGCGACCUCAGUGUGAACUCUAUGAACACCAUGCUCGCUUCUGGGAGCUGCGAUAAGGAAAUAAGGAUAUGGUGCCUACAAACUGCAAAAACUCUCGCCGUACUAACAGGACAUAGAGCAAGUGUAAACUCGCUUCACUUUUCGCCUAACGACGACUUCUUGACCACCUCUGCCAGCGACGGUCUCGUUUGCUUCUGGCCCAUCACCGGACCAAAAUCUAUCAGUGACGACCCAAUUACGUUCUACGAGCGUGUACGCUCAGCGGAUAAGUUGCUGAGUAGCAGUUUUAGUGCAGGGGGGACGAUACUAGCGGUGGGGAGCAGUGAUGGAGACAUUUUUACUUACACUAUACGCGGCGAAUUAGGAUUGCCAGUGAAGGACCAGACUUUAGAAGGACACUCAGCAAUGGUCAUAACUCUUACUUUUGCCAAAAGAUCCCUACGGUUUGUGUCAGGCAGUAAAGACGGUACUGUUCGUGUGUGGGGCCGGAGUAAUGGUUCCUGGGACCAGGUGGUCUGUAAUGCUCGUACUAGAGUCGUCACUGACCGCGACCCUAAAGAGCAGAUUGAUGUUCUGUUCAGUCAGUGGAGUAACAACGAGAACAGAGUGUUGGCGAGCUGCAGUGACACGAGUAUCAGAAUGUGGAAUAUGAGUGGGGAGCUGAUACAAGUGUUUCUGGGACAUGAUGAUGAGGCUUACUUUGUUCAGGAACACCCUCUCGUAGCUGACAUACUGGUUACAUGCGGACACGAUGGGCACAUAAUCACGUGGUCUGUAGAGUCGGGCGUGGCUCUGAACACGUUCCUAAACGUGAUUGAGGGUGAGGGUCGUGCCAGUGUUCUGGAGGCUAGCUUCACUCCGAGUGGCGAGAACUUGCUCACUGUUGACGCUAACGGACAUAUAUCCGUCUUCGGUCAUGAGAUGUUGGCAGAUUACAUAUCAGUACCGAGAGAACAGUUCUUCAGUAGCGACUAUCUCAGUCUCAUUAGAGACAGAUUCAGCAACGUCCUCGACGAACAGACGGAGCUACCUCCUCAUCUAGUGGGGCCCCCCUACAUGGUCGAUCAGCAGGGCAUGGCAUUGCCGCCCCAAGUUCAGGGCCUCAUUCCCGGCCGUCAUUUCCUCUCUCCUUCAGAUAUAAUUUUACUGAAAAAGAAGGAGAAAAGCAGGCGCGCCCUAGAUUUUGUCUGGAGGCAAGUCACGCCGAGAGGGAGAAUUCUCUCGGGUGAGCGACCACCGACAGCACCUGCUGAAAUUCCUGAGUUGGCAGACUUUCAGCGCAGUUUUGUGCAACCUGAAAACGAAUCUGAGAACCUUGACCUGGACCACCUCCCAGCCGUUGUUCCUCCCAUGAGUAAUUACGAUCUAUUCGAUGGUAUCAUGGCACAAUCAAUCGCCAUGGUUAACCCCCGGAAAUCCCGCGAAUUGUGGCUCAACAGCAAGUUGGUUCCCAUUCUUUCAGAUCUACAGAUAGGUAAGCCCGCGCAACAGCUUCUUCGAGCUGAAGAGCUGCUCAAACUCAAAGAAAUUGAGGUCCAGAUGAUUUGCGACCGAACAAGAAAAAGCUCCAGAACUGCGCGAGGUUCUGGCAAGGCUCCAGUUCGGCGGACACGCCAGACAAAACCAGCCGUCCAGUUCGUAACGAGUUCUGAGGAGGAGGAGGAUACCCAGAGCGGAGAGGAGGACGGUCAUUCUAGUGAUGUCGACUGGCAGGUCUCAGAGAUGAGACAGAAGAAAAAACCUGUCAUUAUACGUGAAGACGAAGGAGGUGACGAUGCAGAUGAAUCACAGACGGACUCGCAAGGCAAAACACCAGAAUAUAACACCUCUGCUAGCGAGGCAGAAGGCAGAGGAUCGAGGCAAGAUGACAAGGAAGACGGAUCAGACACACCAAAAACUCCACAGACUAGCACAAGGAAGAGACGACGAGUAAAAAAACCUCAGCGGCUUUCUUCUGGAGAAACCAUUCUGGAUCAGAGCAUGUUAGAAUCGAUCCGUAGGCCCAAACGUAACCCCCCAAACGGAACCCCUGCUCGUGAACGAGCCAUUAAGAAAAUCAGGCGAAUGAUAAGAGUUCGGAAACCUGCUAAGAAAACAUGCAUCAGGCAGCGGUCAGCUAGUGUGAAUCAGGAUGAACUUCCAGGCCAAAGCAAGGAAGGGUCCGACCCAGAGAAAGAGGAUACUGAUCCAGACGAAGAAGCUACACUUGCGGUUAUGGACGAAUACAGGGCUCCUAAGUGGUUAACCCAAAUUCAACCUACCCGGUCACCCUACCUCCCCCAAAUAUCAGAUAAGAUCUACUAUUUCGUGCAGGGUCACAUGGACUAUGUUAAGUCGGAACAUUGUCCACCUGAAGCCUACAAAUCCCAACCCUGGGAGCAGAUGAGGGAGAAAACGUUCAAACAUGCCGAGCCUUGCCAGGUCCUUUCUCUCAGCUUCCUUACCGGACCACCCACUCUCUGCCAGGUAAAGUUAGGGUUACUGAAUGAGGACGACGAAGUGGAGGAUACCUUUAUGUUCCGGUACCACGACGCUCCAAACAUGCCAGACUUUAUGGUUCUGAAACGGCACUAUGAGGACAGUUUGAAUCACAGGUGGUUAAAAGGCGAUAAGUUCAGAAGUCUUAUUGACGAGGAGUGGUGGGAAGGAAUAGUAAUCUCAAAGUCAGCAGUGGAUGAAGAGUACUACCCAGACUCACCCUGGAAACGUAUCAUGGUUAAGUGGGACAAUGAGCCGGACAAGGAGCGGCUCAGUGCUUGGGACAUAGAGCCCCUUCCUAAAGAUACCAGGUCAUCUAAAAGACGAUCCCCCACAAAGAAGCACUCUUCGCAAUCUCAACGAGAUGAAAGUUCAAGUUCGAGCCGACAACAGUUCUCCUUUGGAACGAGCAACGCUAACACGGGCCCACUGGAUCCUUACAUUAUCAGCUACUACCAUUCCUACGGGAACUGGGCUGGGGAGGAGAGGGAGGAGUUUCAGGACCGGUUCAGUAACGCUCUCUUACAGGUUAUGGAGCUACCAGAAGCUCAGGAGUUCCUAUACCCAGUGAGCUUUGCAGACCACCCUGACUAUUACAUGAUAGUAGGUUACCCUCUACAGCUCACUACCAUCCACAACCGACUCACUGAGAACCACUAUCGGAGUAUUGAUUCCGUUUUGUGGGAAAUAAGACAACUCGAGAUAAAUGCUAGGGUAUAUAACGAAGAUGAUAGUCCCAUCGUUCGUGACGUCACAUCUCUGGUAUCCAGUCUGACCCUUUUUGUUAAGAACCCCAACUUUAAGAACAUUAGUACAGAUAUCACGGACGAGAUGGUAACUGCGGAGCUGGAGAAUAGAAGAAAAUCAAAGAAAAAGAAACGGCGGCUGAGGGUACGAUCUGCGAACCGGACAGAAUGGUUCGAGCGAGCCAGCGAGUUAUUAGGAAAACUGAGUAAUCACCCGGACAGUCAACCUUUUAUAACUCCGGUCGACAUAUCCAUCUACAAUGAUUACCUCAAAUACUGCCAGGAACCGAUGGACUUGGAGACAAUAACAGACAAGCUGCACAGCGGUUGUUACGAAAUGGAGGCUGAUUUUUACAAAGACAUUGAUCUUAUCUUCAAGAAUUCGUUCAUUUACAACACUAGAAGUUCCUCCACUAUAUACAAGAUGACAUCGAGACUUCAGGACUACUACCGGUCCCUGAUAGACCACCUGGCGGACCCAGAUAAUGACGUUACAAGUUCUGAGACACCCUCUCCUCGUCCCCGAACAGCCGUCCCUCUGGCACUAGUCGUCCCUCGUUCCAAGCAUCGUCUCUCCGGUAACAGCGACGAGACCGCCACUCCCGCCUCACUUCCUCCCUCAAGCAGGUCCUCCAAAGGUAAAGAACGAGCCUCGUCCCGCGUUAAGAAGAAGAGGAUCUACAGUUCAUCUACCGAGGGUGAUGAUGACGAAUCUCAGAAAACCUCCUCCCCACCACCGGACACUUACUCCGAUAAGUCAUCAAUAUCUCCAGUACCCGCUACUCCAGCAAGAUCCACCUCUCGCACCUCUACUCAGUCGACUGUAAAAGACUCCAGCGAGGAGGAUGAAGAGGUGAAAAGAGCGAGUAGUUCUGCGGAGGAGGAGACCCCACGUGCUGACCGGGUAGAACGGAGACCUCAGAGGAAGAAGAGUCAUGUAAACUACGAACACUACGAUCAGUCGUAUUCCUCGGACAGUCACUCCAGCUCCUCCGAUAAGAGCUCAGACUCCAGUUCGUGGAAAGAAAACAACAAAUCAAACACUAAUCGUUCGAAAAGGCGUGAACUGACCAAUGGUAAUCAGAAGAGGGCGUCUCGAAACCACCAGAGGAACGGUAAACGGAAGGAAGUAGAACCGGACACUGGUUCAUCAGAAAGCGAGGGUUCAGACAGUGAUCGUGAGGGAAGAAGUUCUGGGUCAGAGGACGCCCGGAGAAGGACUCGUUCUAAACGUCGGAGAAAGUCGUCAGAUAACGUCGUGAAGACAAAGCGGGGCCGGAGUGUGAAGAAAAACGUUCGUUAUGAUGACUUCUAUUGAAGAUUCUUCUUUUUGAAGUGCAUAUUUAUAACGAUGUGAAUAUUUAGAACCGCUGUUUUCUGUACAGUGCAGGAAAUUGGAUGAAAAUGCAUCUUGUAUUGUUGAAAUUAAUAUCGGCCUGAUAUUUUUUAUCGCGCAGUGUUACAACAAAAUGUGGACGUGGGUUUCUUUAAUAAGGUUAUAUUUUAUAUAUAUAUUGUACUUUCAGAUGAUUCAGAUUUUAAAUUGAUGUUCGCUUGUUCCUGUUUAAACAAGUACAAUACACUAUAAACUUUUUAGUGCGAUGGCUUUUACUGUUCUUAAAAUAAGUUGAUACAAACUAUUUGAUAUUUAUAACCUUUUGAUAAAUUAGUUGAAGAGACUCCUUUUUGUUAAGCUUUUCACCUUAAAAUCAGCUGUAAAACUUCCCUGAGUUUGGACCAUCUCGGACUGCUAUAAUAGAUGAUUAUCAUUAUUGAUAAUUAUAUUACGUAUUAUUAUAUUUAAUGCAAUGUUGAAUGUUAAGAUCUCAUUUUUUGUCCACGGAUGUAAGGGAUUCGACGAUGAGAUCCAAUAAUAUGUCCCUCUCGGGUUGUUUACUCGGGGCUUUUGGAAAAAAUGUGAAAAUGUUUUUCCUUUGUGUCAAGCUCUUUGUCUGUGCGAUGUGGAUUGUUUGACCCGUCUGAGGCUGUCAGAGGUUCUCCUAAUUAAAGAAUAUCAUGGUUAUUAGUUAUACAAAAUUUAUUCUUGUUGGCGUGACUUAUUGCGUAUGUAUAAAGCUGAAAGUGUUAACAAUGCUGAUGUAUUACUGAUAGUGAUGUCGAUUUAAGUGGACUGUGCUUAUCAACUGAAUUGAGGGUUCCUAUAA